AUGGCGGCGCCCCACGCCGUGGUCGGAGUGGAGGGAGGCAGCAGUGAAACAGGUCUGAUUCAGUCAGAUUCAGCCACUGGAGAUGUGAAGAGACCUCAGUUCGGGACACGUUUCCUCACAGACCCGCGGCAGGUCUUCCAGCACAACGCAUGGGACAAUGUGGAGUGGACCGAGGAACAAGAAGCAUCUGCCAAGAAGAAAGUGUUAGAAAACAGUCAGCCGCUGCCCUCGGAGAAACAAGAGGAAUACGACUGCCGGGCGAAUGAGUACUGGAACGAUUUUUACACAAUCCAUGAGAAUCGUUUCUUCAAAGACCGCCACUGGCUCUUCACAGAGUUCCCAGAGUUGGCCCCGCAGUGUAGCCUUAACCAUGAGUCCCGUCUUGAGGUCUCAGAUGAUAGUCAGAAGGAUGGUCUGGACCAAGAAGAACAAAGAAGGGAAGCUGCAGCUGUGUCUCACACUGAUGGUGACAUUCCUGGAACCUCUGCCACAUAUCGCAUUCUGGAGGUCGGCUGCGGCGUAGGCAAUACAGUUUUCCCAAUUCUGAAGACCAACAAUGACCCAGGACUCUUUGUUUACUGCUGUGACUUCUCCAGCACUGCUGUGGAGUUAGUCAAGAGUAAUCCAGAAUACGACCCUGAGCGCUGUUUUGCUUUUGUUCACGACUUGAGUGAUGUGGAAGCUAAUUACCCCGUCCCCGAUGGAACCCUUGAUGUUAUAGUGCUAAUCUUUGUGUUAUCAGCGCUGCAUCCCGACAAGAUGCAGGCCUCCAUCAGUAGAUUAGCGCGGCUGCUGAAGCCCGGGGGAGUGAUGCUGCUCAGGGACUAUGGCCGCUACGAUAUGGCACAGCUGCGCUUCAAGAAAGGAAGGUGUCUGUCAGAAAACUUCUAUGUCCGAGGUGAUGGAACAAGAGUAUAUUUCUUUACUCAAGAUGAGCUCCACGAGAUGUUCACUGAGGCAGGGCUCGAGAAAGUGCAGAACCUGGUGGACCGACGGCUGCAGGUGAAUAGAGGCAAACAGCUCACCAUGUACAGGGUGUGGAUCCAGUGCAAGUACCGCAAGGCUCUACAUCAGCCGGCUGAGACGCAGGGCUGAGACACCGGAAGAAAUCCCGUCUGGCUUGACCUAUACCUACGACUGAAACCAGGGGCUGAAAUCCAGGCGGUGCUGGCUUUUAUUUUUCCUGAGGAUGUAUGGAAUUGAGAAGCUCUAUUGUGAGUGUGAUAAAGGGGGGACGGGGGGGGCGUACCUGAAUAGUGACACUCUGUAAAGGCCUCACACUAUCUCAGCUGCCAUAAUGUCGACGGACUCGUUUUAAGGCUGGUGUUCCUGGUGUUGCUGCACGUUCAGCCGCACGAGUGACAAUUUGUGCUGACGUGUUGAGUAAUCUGAGAAAGGGCUGGUCACACACACACACCUGAUUGUUUCUAUUCUGCCAGAUGUUGUUUUUUUAAUGAGCUGUUUUGAAAUAAAUGGCAUGAUUUUUAAGACUAUAACUUCAUGACAUUUUUUUUGUACAUGCAAAAUAAAUAAACAUCUAAAAACUGCAAA